UGAUUCCUUAUUCCUUAAAUAUUUCCCUUCAAAAAUUGAUAUUUUCUUGUUGAACAGACAGUCCACAGAUAAAUAGAUAGGUAGAGAGAUCAACAGAUUGAUCAGUCUUGCUGAACAUCACCAAAUUGAUUAAAAACCAAUUUAUUAGGGUAACCAAUGAGAUCUAUUGACAAAUAGCCAGGGGUUAAACAUGGCCGUACACAAACUCCUUCAUUUUAUAUGCUAUGUUUAUUCAUCUCAUAAGCAAUACCUUAACCGCACAGAAAAUUGUUCUCAUUAGCAUAACGAUGAUGUACACUAAUUAAAUCACACAGACAGGAAUGCAGGCCUCACCUUACUUAUACUAUCACCACAGUUGAAUUUUGUUAACACAGUUGCAAACAAUCUCCUUCAUACACCACACACAAGAUGAAGGCCUGUGUAGUGUGGGUGUCCAGACUAUGGAUUCUGUACUUGACUACAGUUAACGGUCAGCCACAAUCUGGGAGAACUCUCUUUCCUCCCUGCUCAUUAGUGAACCGCAGAGUUAUCGAUAAUAUUUAUGAUCGAGCCUACCAGCGGGGUUAUGAGGAUACCUUUCAAUCAACAGUGGAGUCAUCGAAGGCUUAUUACAUUAAAGUUCAGUGUCCCACUGACACCUGUGGCCCUGAUGCUAGAGCAAAGGCUGAAGAAGAGGCCAGAGAACAAGCAGAUGCCAACAGACAGGCUGCCAUUGAACAAGCUACAGAGGAGACUCUUGAACUUUGGAAAACAGAUUUAAACAAAUGCUUGCCUAUCACUGUCAUUAAUGAUUGUGAUAACGAGCCAGGAUGCACUUAUCAGAAUGGUAUAAAUAAAUGUAUUCCAACAUCAAUAUAACUCAUAGAUAAUCAAGUUAAAAUGAAAAAAAAGUUCUACCUGUGUGAAGAACUUGAUUCACUUGAGCUAAGAAUACAUAUUAAAAUGAUUCUCUUUGACA